UGAAAGCAGCGCGCGCGCGCCGGGCGCUGAACGGGCAGGUUUAUAUUUUGGGGAGAAUCGAUGAAUAAUUGAGCAGAGCGCGUGUGAUGAGCUGCUGUUGGUCUGGUGUGUGAUCACAGCUUCUCCCCCAGAGUGGAGAAAUGCGCUACUGUCAAGAAGAGCCACAGUGAACACUCCGCUCCGGCGCGAGCCACAGGAGGAUUUGGAAAGAACGCACGAGCGCGGAAAGCGGCGGGGAUUUCGGCGGGAAACUUGUGGAGAAAGGGAGAAGAAAGUGGUGCGAGGAACGAGAGGAACGGAGCGACGGGUGCGCACCGCCAUGCAACAUGAGUAACGACAGUAACGGAGUUGGGGUCCUCCAGCCCCUCUGGAACUUCAAUGGCUCAUCGUUCAACCAGUCAACCGACCUGUUCUCCAACACCACCUGCAACUUGUCCACCAAUGAUUCAACCUCCUGCUCCCCUGUGGAUGAUGGCGCGGGGGCGGGAAGUCCCUACAAAGCUUUGGAGAUGUUUUUCAUUGCCUUGGUUACGGGAUCCCUGAGCUUUGUGACUGUGACAGGGAACAUUCUAGUCAUGCUCUCCAUCAAAGUGAACCGCCACCUACAGACUGUUAACAACUACUUCUUAUUCUCGCUAGCGUGCGCGGACUUGAUCAUUGGUGUGUUCAGCAUGAACCUGUACACAGUCUACAUCAUCGUUGGCUACUGGCCGCUGGGGCCGGUGGUGUGCGACCUGUGGUUAGCUUUAGACUACGUGGUCUCGAAUGCCUCAGUGAUGAAUCUACUGAUCAUUAGCUUCGAUCGCUACUUCUGCGUGACCAAACCCCUCACGUACCCGACGCGGAGGACCACUAAGAUGGCAGGCUUAAUGAUCGCAGCCGCAUGGAUCCUGUCAUUCAUUUUGUGGGCUCCUGCCAUCUUGUUCUGGCAGUUCAUUGUUGGACAGCGGACCGUGCCCCCUGGAGAGUGUUACAUCCAGUUCCUUUCCAACCCGGCAGUGACGUUCGGAACGGCUAUAGCAGCCUUCUAUCUUCCUGUAGUUAUUAUGACUGUCCUGUACAUCCACAUCUCCUUGGCCUCCAGGAGCAGAGUGUCCAAACACAAACCAGAGAAGAAAGAGAAGAAGGGAAUAAAAACUCCGAGCUUGAUGAAGAGUCAUCUGUUAAAGCAGAACAACAACAACGAGGCCAGUCCUCAGGCCAGUCCUCGCUCGACUCCCAAACUCAGCGUGGACUCCACCACCACGGCGCUGGAGGCAGUGAAGAACGGCCGCGUGGAGGAACCAAAGCCGGCCCAGCUGCAGCCUGCAGCACAGCCCAGUCCUGCACUCACACAGGAGGAAAAGGAGAGCUCCAACGAUUCAUCCACAGCCUUUAUUCCUCCCACUGAACCAAAGGACAACACCAACAACAAGACAAUAUCCGAGGUUGCAACAAACCCCAUCCCAGUCGCCACCACAACAAGCAGCCCUCCCAUGACCAAGGUCAACCCCACCUCCAGGUGGUCCAAGAUAAAGAUUGUCACGAAGCAAACCGGCGACGAGUGCAUCACAGCCAUCGAGAUCGUGCCACCGGUGGAGGGAGCUGAGCGCCACUCCAUCCCCAUCAGCCGCCCCCGGACCGUGGCCCGGAAGUUUGCAAGCAUUGCUCGGAGCCAAGUGAAGAGGAAACGGCAAAUGGCUGCCAGAGAGAAGAAGGUGACCAAGACCAUCUUCGCCAUCCUGCUGGCCUUCAUCAUCACGUGGACGCCCUACAACGUCAUGGUGCUCAUCUCCACCUUCUGCCAGUCCUGCGUCCCCGACACCGUGUGGGCCAUCGGCUACUGGCUGUGCUACGUCAACUCCACCGUCAACCCGGCGUGCUACGCGCUGUGCAACGCCACCUUCAAAAAGACCUUCAAGAACCUGCUCCUGUGCCAGUACAAGAACAUCGGCACGAGAUGAGGAGGGGGAGGACGAGCGAGGGAGGGCGCGGCGGGAGGGGGUGUGAUGGGGGUGAUGGAGUGACGGAGAGGAGAUGUUUAAAGGUGAGUCUAAGGGAGCUGAGAGGAGACAUCUUCGGGGCGUGAGCAGCUGUGGUGUCAUGUUGUAACCGGUCGCCAGUCGUCCCUGUUCGUACGUGUGGACUGAAAGCUGAAGUGUGAGCGUGGACCGGGGAUUCCGUCGCCGGCCCGCUCUCCCCUGACACGAAGCGAGUCGCACCCUGGAGGAAAAAAACGAAUAAUAGACGCGCGGAAGCGGCGGCGUCAGCAGAGACGCCGGUGGUGAUGAAUUGGACGCUGGCGCGGGCUGACGGGCUCGCGCGGUGAUGACCGUUCCCUAAAGCGGGGAGGAUCAGACCCGUUGUCACGCUGCAGUGAAUCACAUGUACACAACACCUUAAACGCAAGUAAAACACAACUACAUCAGCACACAAAACCAUGUGGACAGACUUUCUCCUGCGGUGCAUUAGCAUUAGCUCAGUGAGCCUCUUCAACCAGCCUCGGCUGCCAUCGCCAUGGCGAUCGCAACCAGGAGCCGCCGUUUGCUAACGCUCCUCCACCCAGAAUCCUUUGCAGAGUCCGACACGGUGUGCGGAUGGUUUUCCACACAAGCCUGUGUUGCAGUCGGAGCCGUUUCCCUGCGCUAACAUUCUGUCCCUUGGCUUCAUUCGUUGUGUGUUAGUCCGUCCAUCGCGCUUUGCUCUCGCUCGUGGGGCUUUUUCACGGUUUCCAGCGUUCCGCCGUGUGAUCGCGGAGCGCUCGCGGCUCCGCGUCGCUGUGUUCUCGUCGGGGUAACGGCAUCGCAGGGACUUCGUGGAAGCGCCGAAGGCGAAGGCAGCAGCAGCAGCAGCGCGCGGCGGGGAAGAGGCGCGACCCCCGCGCGGCGGCAGCCAUGUUGGAGGCUGGUGGGACAAUUAGAAAUAAUUGCUUGUUGUUUGCUCGGCAGGUAAUUGUGCUCCUAAUUUUACAGCUUCAUACAAAGUGGCAAUUUCAAAUGGAGUGGGAAGCGGCUUUUCCUAUUAAAGCGAGUGUUGAGGUCAGGUGUUUAAGUCGGUCCACUAACAGCUCGUUUAAAGUUUUAAUUAUAGCCGCCGACAUAAUUACAGCCGCACCAGCUGGGUUGGAAAGCUGUAGCAGACCUCACACUCUCCAACAUGAAGAUGUUACACUUAACACCGUCCUCAAGUCCAGCAGUAAUGAAGCAGAACCAGGUGGACGGAGGCUGACGUGCAGCUCACAACGCGGCCAAAGCUGCUCCAGUCAAUGACUGCGCUGCAGCUCCGGCUCUUUCUCCUUACAAUUAAAGCUCGUGGGUGUGUAAAGAAAAGGAGCUCUACGCAAUCAGGGCCUUGAUAUUUGACACUCUAAUAUUUCUCUAGUUAUAAAAAGAAAAUAUCAGGCGACCUUUUUCAGUUCCACGCGCGUGGCGAUAAAUGGAGGCAGAUGACAGUUUAUUUUCUGAGUCUAGUAAGUAGGUUUGUGUCACAGCAGCUGCUGCCGUAUAGAAAAAAAGGCAUUUGUUCAUUUAUUUAUUUGUUUACCAGCAUCACAGUUGAAGCUGUGGCACUUUUCCAUCACAGCAGCAUCACUUUGAGUCUCCUGCUUCUUCGACCUGUGAUCGGACGUGCUCAGUAACGGACCUCCGCCCCGCUACACGUUCACACAGCAGAGGCGUGAACGCCGUUGCAGGCUGCGAGCUAAUCUUUCAAAGUAGCUGCGCUGGUUUGUUCUGAAUGAAUGACUUUCCAGCUGACUGAACAAUGGAGUCCAUCUUCCAACGCCACCGACGGCAGAUUUGUAAUUUGCAAAAGCGCAGGAUUAACGGAGAGGUUCGUGUAUCUCAUCGUUAGCAGACGUACCUUUUUAGGGCCGCGACUGAGCGUGUUUGUGUAGAGAAAAUGAAGCGGAGGUGAUGGGGGAGAGAAAAUGGAGUACAGGUGGAGACAGAAAAGACACGCUUAAGAGAAACAUCUGGGUGGAAGCAAAUUGCAGAGGGAGACGGCAGAAGCAAAGGGGGAAGAGGGAAACGUGGAGAAAGAAUAAUGAGCUUGUGGAGGAGAAGUAGGACACAAAGACAGGAGAGUAGGAAGAACAGGAAAUCCUCAUUUAGUGCCGGCUUCCCAUCGCUGACACUCAAAUACGGGGAAGCAGGUUAAAAUAUGCUCAUUAAUUCUACAUUGUUCGUUAACAGUUAAUGAGCUUAUUAGUUAAAGAGCUGCUGCCCUUUUAAUAUUUCUAAUAUUUCCAGUGAAUGAUGAGCAGGCGACAGCUGUUAGUUCCUCGUUGGUCUGAUAAAUGGCAGUUUGGUCAGAAUUUUUGUGCAGACUUGAGGUUUUUUAAGGACACGGGAAUUAUUCAUGCCCAACAAGUAAAUGGGCCUGGUACAGAUUUGUAGCAGGCCCAUUUAAAGUGUAGCUGUCCCUUCGUGGAAGUGAAAUGUCUUCUAGUCAGCCGGAGCACUAAAACAUCUUUCACGGCUCAGCAGGACUUGGGCCGGGUUUCUGUCUACUUAUAAUGUGACUGUGUCGGCUUAGUGCGGCUCAGAAGCUUGUCAAGGCCCAGUCACACACCUAUUGCUCACGCUGAAGACGGGAGGAAAGUCAAGGACUGAGGAGAAAGCGAUGAGUGUGUCGCUGCUGUGUGUGGUGGACUCUCAGCCUCAGUGGGUGGGUCCAACCAGCGCAACACAAUAAUUAACACAGUAAUGUAGUAGAGGUACUGUACGCUGUUAGUCAUGGGGUCUGGAGUCGACUAAGGCUGUAAUCACCCAUAUAACCCAGUAAGCCCAGUCAUCCCACCUCCCCGGCUGGAGCAGUGUUCCCACAACAUGAAAUGAACCCCAUCAACACAGGAAACAGGCCUGAGUUUGAAUGGAGCAAACUAAAUCCCAUGGGUUUGGAUCAUGUCAAUGAAGAUUCUCAGUCCAGAGAUUGAGGUGAAUUAUGGGACAUGCAGUUCGUUCAGCUUGAAAAAUUUCCUAAGCUGUAUACCUAUAUGAAAGGCAAUCCUUUACCCAAAGACGGGCUCCAGGAGAACCAGGAUCAGAGUGGGCGGCCAGCUGCCGCAACUGGUGGGUGAGGGGAUAGAGAAAGGAACAAUAGGCAGCAAACGAAAUACAGUAAGGCCCUGCUGGAAGACAAGACGUUCCCGCUGGAGCCAACGCGCUCGAGUCCGCGAUCCUGUACCGCCAUUCCUGCCGAAGGGCGAGUAACGGCUCCGGGUGGUUGUAAACGCCUGUUAGCAUUGUUCCACCGGUGAUUAAGUGCCGCCCGGGAACAUGAACGGCGUCAUGACGCGGCCGCCCUCGCCGCACGGCGCGGCGCCGGCUCGGCUUGGCUCCGUGCGGAGCCGCAGAGGACUGCUGGCCUCCACCUCCGCCCCCUCGCAUGCUGCUUCACAUCAAGAGAAAGGGAACAAGGACUUGAAUACAUUAAAGCGGAAUAAUGCUCUUAUGGGAAUGCAACGGUGUUUAUGCCAAGCGACAACACAAACAGCGCGGCGGGGCUCUGUCACAGCCGCUCCUGCAGAGCUCGCAGGCGGGCGCGAUGGGCCGACGCACAGCACGUUCAACGCAGCGCUUAUUUUACAGGGACACUAUAGUGUUCAACACAUUGGGGUUUAAUAAUCAGAUCUGUAAAUCAACAUCUCAGCCAUUCUUUCCACAGUUGAGCCUCUAAUACAAGUCAACUCAUUUCCUCUUGGUUGGUUUUCAUUCAUUGGCGUCUGUGGGAGAGUUACGGGUUAUGCGCUGCAGUGAUAUUAUAUUAUAUUACACAGCGUGGUUGUGACACCAACAAUCAGAAAUGAAUUAGACAUUUAGUCAUUUUUGCUUGUAGCUUCAGGUGAGCCACUUUGUGUCUAAUUCUGCUAGUUAAGGCGGAACGAGGGUUGAAGCAGGAGGCUGAAGUUCUCUGUUUACAGCUCGCAGGGAGAUAAUUACGGCUUUGUGCAUUUAUUAUUAAUAAGCGCGAGGUUUGGAAACGCCGUGGACUGUUGUCAGCCCCCGUCUACCGACUCUGUUGGACACAUCCAGACUCGGUGAUUGCGCCGCUAGCGCAAAUUGUUUUGCUCGUCAUUUAGAUUAAGGCUGUAAUUUAGAAUAUCAGUGUGCGAUCGCCGCCGCGUGUAGGAAGAGCAGACGAGCGAGUCCCAGAGAGGCACUGUGAAGUGGAAACGCUCCCUUUUAUCGGCGCGCGCCGUCGGUGAGCGGCGCCGGCGACGGCGCGGGAGCGUUUUACAGGCGUCUGGUAAUUCAUUCAGCUCUCUGCCCCACAGUAGCUCUUCGUUUACUUCAUGCUUUCCUUCACCUAAUCUCAUUUUCCCACUUUGAUUUUCAUUGCGCUUCCCGGGUUCACGUAUUUGUCUUGCAAAUGAUUUUAGUUUUCAAAAUGUGGAAAAUAUCAAGGAUUUUGCGCAAAGCAAAAACGUCCAUGCAUCAUCUGAAUGACUCGGCAGAUCAAAAUCUGAUUCUCUAACGCUACUUGAAAAGCAGGACAUUUAGAUCAUUUAAUAAAGAAUAUUUACCUUCCUGAAGCCUGUUUCUCUUCAAAACUCUGCCUGAAGAAAUGUCAGACCCCGACCUUUGACCUUGAGCUGUUAGACCCUACAAAAACAUGAUAGCGUCACAUUUUGAUGGCCUAAUUAGAAUAAAUUCAGGGAACUGUGCUUCUCUCACCAUGAUUUCACCAUGUUUCCCAUGCUUCGAUUUGUUUACGCCUCAUCCAACGUCCCGUGUUUCAUUUUUUCACUUUGACUUCACAUUUCUCCGUAGCGGCCUGGACGUGUUGCAGUGCUUAGUUUUACAGAAUCCAUCUGCAUUUGUGUCUGCGCGUUGAUAACAACGCUGUAAUGACUUGAGAGCAGUUAUAGCUCUGUAGCAGCUUCCCAGAGCAGCGCGAAAGCACAGGAGAGAAGGAAAACACCGAGACGAGCGCUGGUGCUUCAAUAUGCAGCCACUGCACAGGAAAUGAUUGACAGGGAGACUCACCGGUUGCACAUUAGCUGACACACUUAAUUGGCAAGAUGUGCAGAAAAAUGGUGAGAGUACAGUUGAGGGAAAUUGGCCUGACUGCCUGACUGCGUUACUGAGUGAGACAGUGAAGGCUUCACUAGGCACCGAAUUAUGAGGCAGUUCAUUCAUCUUUUUAACCUAAAUUAUAAAAGCGGGCAGCAACUGAGACGAGCGCCAAACAUUUACCAUAUUUCACCGCAUACAGUAGGUGUAGCUGCAGGAAACGUAUGGAAAAUGGGACAACGUCGUGUGUCUCACAGUCCAGUUCACAUUUCCUGCUAAGUAAUAUCCAGAGACACUUGAACCUUACACCUUUCUGACUUGAAGUCUGCUCAGUGGGGGCUAUGUUAAGCUCAGAUUCUGGUGGAGCAGGUCAGGGUCUGACCCAGAGGGGCCGUGAAGUGCUUGGGGAACCUGGGUAGAAGUCUCACAGUGGAACAACGUGUCCCUCAGCUUUGGCUCUGUCUGCCUCCAUAAUCUGGCUGCUCCUCUAUCUCUGUUUGCUGUAGCUGUGUUUAACAAUGCUGCUUUGUCUAAGGCAAAGCUGCCAAAGUAGACAAAAAGUAAAUAUCAGCCAUGAAUUAUCGCAGCAGACAGAACUGACGUGAACACUAUGAAAUCCAAACACGGUACUGAGGGAACAGGCCCAGAGAGACGCUGUCCGUGGUGCUGAAGGAGCGUUAAGCUUUCACCAGUGCUCAGACAUCCAGGUCAUGUUCAUUCUAAAGGGCAACGGGGCUCACUGAUGGUUAAGUGAUGAUGAUAAUGACCUUUCACCUCUCACUCACAUGUCAGUCAAUAAAGAUGACACAACGUUAAAAGUGUCAAACAAGUGGAGUUCAGGAGCUGUGUGUCCACAUGCAGUUUGCCCCACCUGUACCAGCAACACGAUCGUCAUGAAGAAUCUCAAACAUCAGUGUUACAUGAGGUGAUCUGUGGCCUGUGAGGUCUGGAAGCCUGUAAACUGCCUGACGACACUGACAGGCCUGAUCUAAACAAUGCUGACAACGGGUCUCAUCCUCCCAUCAGAAGGUUUUCAAUUAACACAUGAGGAAACGCUGUGAAGGUCUGUACUGUAAGUAAAGCUCAGUGUAAUGUAUGAUACGAAGGCUGGAGCUGGCCACCGGUGCAAAAUACACCACUGUGUUCAAAUGUCAAUUUUAAAGUGCAUUGCUGUAAAUACACACUGAAUCUAAACAUCUUAGCUACUGUCACGUUCCGAACCAUCCCAGCGACAGACGUGAGGAGGUACGACCCAUGUGUUCGCUCCAACUAUAUGACAUCCAUUGACCUCUCGGUGUACAGAGCAUGUACUUUCUAGUGAGUUGUAGUCACUUUUUUGUCAGAAUAUUAAAUAUUAAAAGUUCAACUCAGUGGCAUCAGUUACGUGAACACGAAACAUUUUCUCUAUAUUAAAGACGCGACUGAUGACUUCAUGUCCAUGUUGAGCUUCUCCCCGCAUCAAUGACACGUUUUAUAUCAAAGUGUGGGAAUCUGUAAUAUAGAGGCCGAGCUGAAGGAGAAGGUUCCUUUGCUUUGGCGACCAUCUGUAAAUGUUCGGUAUAUGCUUUAACCCUCAGCACAUGACGCCAGCAGAAGGACGCUUUAAAGGGUAAAUCAACACUCGAUGUAGCAGGUGCACGCUGAACGUUUCCCACCAAAACCCCCCUUCCCUCUGCGCGAUUAGGUGUCACAGGGCGUAACGGAGAACGGGUGUCAGAGCUUUCCUGAUUUCCUUCUACAAGUUUUAAAUUGUUUCUAAAUUCAGGAAAAUCAAACAGUCAAAAACAGUUGCCCAAGAAAACUCAAGAGGCUCCUCACACCUGGAUGUGACAGCUGAAGCUCAGCGAGAAGCUGUUUCCUCUUCAGGGACCCGCGUGGCCGACAACAUGAGGCCGCCUGCGUCAGACGUGCUCUCACCUGCCGGGCAGAGUGUGAGACAAGCGGCCGUAGGAAUCUCCGGGCAAUGAUGGUCUGAUCAGAAAUAUUCGGCAUGUCGUCGCCGGCAGGAGCAGAGUCUAUGCUCUGGGCCUCAAAGCUGGGACGUCCCAGUGCUGUAAUACUGGAACUCUGCCGGUAGCUCAUCUGAGCUGAUACUAAGCUGAUACUUGGAGCCUUUUUGCAAGUUGUCAUCAUUACUCCCGUGUCCUAAUCUGACGCUUAUAUAGUGAAAGUUAAACAGAGUCUUCCUGCCUAUUCAGCAUUUUGACUCACAAAGAGCUGAUUAAAGCGGCCGCCGGUGAGGACACGCUAACGAUACGGUAGCAGUCGCGCAGCAGGAUGCUAACCCUCCCAACCCCUGGUUGAUUUACCCUUUAAACCCCCGAGCGCUGUUGAACCCCCUGGGCCGCCUGCGUAACGCUUCAUGGCUGUUUGUACCUCUCACUUACCUUAUUUUAAUGUCGAGCUGUGCUUAAAUAGACGCAUCACGUUCAAGCGGCCGAGCCAUCACCUAGUAUGACGACAUGUACUGAACAUAUAUCAGAAGCAACUUGUGUUGAUGCUAAACUGUAAUGCUAAUAAACACCUGCCGUUGAAAA